UAUUUUUAGUGGCACAAAAAUGUUGUAACUUAUUCGUCCCAUAUGUUUUAAACCAAGGAAAUUUCAUAUUAGCCAGAAGAACGUCAUACAAAGGAAAAGAUGGAAUCGAGCACCGCAACCCAGUUGGCUCGCGAAGGAAUCCAACUUGCCCAAACAAUCGGUACUACUGUAGAAAAUCUCGAAGCUACAAAGGCUGAGUUGGAACAGAAAAACAACAAGCUGGUAGAGGAAAAUAGGGUGCUAUAUUUGGAUCGUAAUGCAUCGAUUGCAAAAUACGAAAAAUGCAUCGAAAAAAGAAUGUCCGAACUAACGAUAACUAUAGAGCAACUGCAGCAAAUGACCACGGAAGAUAAUCAAGUUCUGGAAGCAAAUGUGCAUCAGAAAAAGAUCUACAGUGAAAUGCGAUCGGAAAUCCAUAAUUUAGAUGAAAUGGCUAAAGAAUUCUCUGAAGGUUACCAGAAUAUGAUAGUUGGCUUAAAAAAUGAAUUACAUAAAAAUGAAACAUUUUUAACACAGCGCUAUGAAGCAAAGAUUAAAGAUAGUGAAAAUAGAAUCAGCAAAUUGAAAGCAACUGUAACACAAUUAAAUCAUGAGAAAGAGUCUCUGGAAAUACAGAAAGCGGAAUUAGUGGAUACGAACUCUGAACUGAAAACUCGUAUAACUGACUUGGAGAAACUUUUGAACGAGGUAUUGAUGAAAAGAUCCCUCACCGACCGACCGGAGACCGAAAUAGCAUAUGUAAAACCGAAUGUAAAAUAA